UACCAAUAUGGAUCCCAAACCUUAUGUGAACCACCAAAAAUGAACCUCAAAACUUGAAGAAAUGUUCCACCCAGAUGAAGCGGAGCAAGAAUAUCUUAAAUUAAAUGAUAUUUCCCAAGAAAGAGAAAUUGAGGAUUUUAUGAAUGACUCAAUAAAGCAAAGUCUUCAGAAAGCAUACUCCAGAUACAUCAGAAUAGGCUGUCUUGGAAAAAUGUUCGUUUGAUUUAUUUGAGGGCUCACAAGCUACCUGACCAUUAAUGAAGAAAACGUAAAAAAUAAUACCCACUUGUGAUAUGCAUGAUCCACUUUUCUGGUUCUUGCUUUUAUUGUAAUGAUCGUAUGCAAGCACAGAGCAUUUUAUUUAGUUCACUUUGUUCCCAUACUCUUGAGCCUAGGAAUUGUGAUGUCUAUUAAUAUUGCGUUGCAAAGUGACGAGUAUAGACCUAGUGAAUAUAUGAUUGUAACUUGCUGAGUUGCCCAUGCUCAAAUGAUUCUGAUCCCCAAUAAAUGGAUGUAUUCAUCCAUUGCUUAUGCAAUGGCAAUGAUAUAUUUUGGAUAUGGAGUUUGGGUAACUUAUGGUCUUACAUCCUCAGAUAUUAUUCUGUGAAUUAUGCUCUGAGUAUUCUGGUUUACUAUAUCGUGUUAUUUCCUAUCUCUAAAGACCAAAAACCUAUACUCUGAAAUUCUUAGAAAUAAAAAACUUAUUGAAGAGAUGAGAAAGAUUCUUCAGAUACUCCCAUUAGGUGUAGUGAUUUGGCCUUCCAAAGCAGGUGAACAACACUUUGUAAACCACGAAUUUUCAAAUAAAUUUACUGAAAUCGACAAGAGUCUUGAAGAACUGGCUGCUAUUGACUUGGAACUAGUUGACCACAACAACAAGGUCAUAAAGCAAGAGUUUAGAAACGAUUUGUCAAAGUUUUUGAAAGCACAGCAGAGACUUGUGAAGAAUAAACAUUGCAUUGUUGAGCAAAAUGCUGAGGUCAAAUGCUACCUUAAAGAAGCAGAUAUUAUGGCUGAAGGUAACGAAGACUCUCUAGAUAAUAAAAUUUGAAACAUAAAAACUCUUGCUAUUGAUUGGGAAGGCGUCCAGUCAUAUAUGCAUGUUUUUAUUGACAACACGAGCGUUAUCAAACUUGAAGAAAUUAAGAAUCAGUUAAAACUGGAUGAAGCUAACAAUAGUCUGAAGAUGCAGAAGAUCAUGUUUGCAAGCGCAUCUCAUGAGUUUAGGACACCUCUGAAUGCCAUAAUAAACUCGUUUGACAUUGCAAUGAACUCUUUUAUCACUGUUAACAAUAUUUUCAAACCUUCUUAUAAUGGAUUGGAUGACAACAAAAGGGAAGAAGUCGAACUAAAUGUUCAAACUUUGGCAAAAUUUGUUAAUAUAGGGAAAAGUUCAUCAGUUCUUCUAAUGACGCUAAUAGAAGAUAUCCUGAGCUUAUCUAAAAUGGAGGCUGGAACUUUUUUUAUAACCAAGGAAAAUUUUAACCUCCCUGAAGUUUUGGUAGAAAUUCAGGACAUCUUCAGUAUGCAAUGCGAGCAAAAGAAAAUUAAGUUUAUUUUAAAUCUAUCCCCAAAAGUUAGGAACUUGGUAAUGUAUUCAGACAAAGGCAGGCUCAAGCAAAUAAUAAUGAACCUGGUGUCUAACUCCAUGAAGUUCACUUUUGCUGGCUCUAUCACUAUUGAAUGUAAACUCCUCAGACAGGACAGAAGAGAGUUUGCUCAAUUUUGUGUCAUAGAUACUGGGGUUGGCAUCAAGAAGAAGGAUCAGAGCAAACUGUUCAAACUCUUUGGCAUGAUCUCGAAGACCAAAUCUAUGAACAAAAACGGUACUGGAAUCGGAUUGACUGUUAGCAAAAAAUAUGUAGAAGCUCUCGGUGGAGACAUUAGUUUGGAAUCAGCUCCAGGAGUCGGAACUAGCAUCACAUUUAAAAUCCCAAUAAGCGAAGAGCCAGAGAAAGAACAUUUGUUGAAGUCUGAUAGAUCGGUUUGAAGCUAUUUCGAGAGCGAAUUUGAGGUUUGUGAUGAAGGCCAUCACAAUCAGAAUCUUUCCUUCAACACUGAUAUGUGUUCAAAAGGAAAGUUCAAGAAUCUUUAAAUUGUAGUUUCUUCUCAAUGAUAACCUAAGUUAAAAAUAAAGUGUCAUGAUG